AUGGCAGCCUUUCUCAUGCUUCUGGUGACCCUGAGACUUGCAUUUGCGGACCUCAGCGCCGGCAAGUUUAACAACACACUGCAGGGCGCUGGUCCCCGGCAUUUGGCGGCUUGUGGCCUGGCAGGCAAAGUGGACUGUGGAGUCUGCGAGUGCACCGUCGAGUCCGCUUGCCAGUGGUGCGACGGCAACGGCGGCCCUGCUCGUGUCGGCAGCAUCAGCCGCCCGUCGGGUGCUAGCCUUCCUGUGAGUGCCGUAAGCAAUGGCAAAAACGGAGAGUGCCCUUCAAACAUGGUGAACUGCGGUGUCUGCAAGUGCACCACGAGCAGGGCCUGCCAGUAUUGUGACGGCAUGGGAGGCCCUGCCAAAAUCACAGGAAGUGGGACCAUCAGCGCCGUCCCACGAGGCUCCACACUGGCAGUGACGCUGCUGGCGCUUCCGCUCACCAUCGCUCUGUGGCAGUGA